CUUGGACGAGUCUCCAGAGCUCCCUCAGCUCCAAAAGAAGAAGAAGAUAUUAGGAAGUAAAAUUGAACUACGGUAGAAAGUCCUCUGAGAUUGCUUCAACAACAUUCAAAUUUCAACAUGUCAGCUUCAAUAAGAGUAUUGGGUCCACUAUCUCACUCGUCAUUUUCUGCUGCUUUAGAUGGCCAAAAAAUUCUCCUCUCUGCUGAUGGACUGCACAGAGACUGGAGAGGCUUGGCUGAAUAUGCUCGCCUUGAUGUACCAUCGAUUGGGGCCUCGUCUCGCAUAUCCUUCACCUCACACUGUCUCCACUUGUGGGGCCAGGCUGGAGGAACACUGCACAACUUGACAUCUGCUCUUGUGGCCAUGGAUCGGCAUGAUGUCAUACACGACACUAUGCAUCUAAUUGCUAAUGACGUCGAACGCAUCAAUCGAGAGGGAUUUCCUGCCUUGCAUCCAUCAUUGCAGCAACAGGAGAGCAUCCAUUCAUUUGUGGAUGAUAACAUCCUCACCGUCCAUGACCAAGAAAGCCUUGAAAGAGGAGGAGGCCUAAUGCACUACGAUGCCCUGGUCUUGCAUGCAGACGAAGACUUGCCAUUUGUCCACACUCUUCUUGAGAAAUUAGAAGGGGAGUACGGACUUAGACUGUGUGUGAAGGACCGCGACCUGAUAGGAGGCCUGCAGUUUGAGAGCUCGAGUGUGGUGCGUCUGAUCACCGAACGCUGCUCCCGCGUCGUGGUUAUCUUCAGUAACAAAUUCCUUGCCUCGCCACAGAACCAAUACUUCCUGCACUUCGCACACGCUCUUAGCUUAGACCAACGCAAGCGCAUCUUGAUCCCAUGCAUGCUGGAGCCGUGCGAGCGGCCGGCCGUGAUAAGGUUCUGCCACAGCCUCGACUACUUCCGCGCCCACGGAUACUGGGACUACUGGAAGAAGCUGCGAGACUCAAUAGUGCACAAACCAGCACGCUCCAUAGAUGCGCCCAUGGCCAGGAUCACGGAGCUGCCUGCAGAUGAUUUUCCUUCUCGUCUGCAUAGUUCUGUUCCUCAGCCUCACGUUCUCGCGCUGCCUCCUUCUGCAGAUAAUCAAGCUGCUAGUUUAGAGAUCAACGGGCAACCGCGAACCAGCGACAAAAAUCCAGCUACUCACGACAAGCCUCAGAAGAACGCAGUCCGGAUGCUCCACCAGGGCCUCCUGAAGUGGAGGAGACGAGACAGGAAGCCGUCCAGUGAAGAUGAGGUUCCAUAUACGACCGUAUCCAGUCCUGUUACAUCUAAAUCUGCCAUGGAAGAUUUGUUGGACGAGUCCCUGAAACAUCCAAACGGGUUAUGUAAAAAUAACAAUGGACCCAUCGCCUCCUCCAGCACCAUCACCGAUGUGUCAUUCAUCUCCAUAGAUUCUCAUGAGGAAUCAAACGAAGUAGAAAAGUUUAGUACUAAACACACACAUGAUGAUAAAGGUGGUGAUAAUAUAAUCGUGUUCGAUUCUCCCUUGAAUUCUGCUACACAGACUUGCUUGUCCAAUUCAGCGAGAAAUCUACCCGAUAUGUCAGUGAGCGCAACAAAUUCGUCAAGUAAUCAUCCAAAUGUGUCCACGAAUUCGGCGCACACUUCGUCUUCUCUGCAACGACUUCUUCCUGAUGUUCCAUCCAACUAUGUUCCUUCGCAGGAAAUUUCUCCUGUUUCUACCGACAUUAGGAAGAAGAAGUCUAAGGGCAAUCUUGUUUCAAAAAUUUUCCGGAAUGCCAAAAAGAGAGUGAAGGUUUCUUCUUGAAAUGCUUCGUUUGAUUAGUUUAUGUACGAUGGGGGAUGAUGAUAUUAGUAUUUUGAACUUUUUCUUUAGAGGGACUUCAUAGAUUUAUUUGUCAGGUAUCCCAGCCGUAGUGGCUGUAAUGUCACAUAAAGUUCUCGAUCCGGCAAUAACAAAGCUAACGAGGAUGAAGAAUAACAACACAAUGAAUGUUUAACACGAUCUUUAUUAGAAAAAUCCGACACAGACCUAAGCACAGAAAUUGAACGGAGUUAUCGUCUAUAGUACGUUAUAACACUGAAAUAAAUCAGACAGACUGGUCACUCUCUGGUAAAAUACGCUCUUUUCCAAAAAUAAUAGAACUACCUAACUUAAAUUUCCCCAGACUGGUACAUCACCGGGUUUAGGACGGAGACCCCGGACACAGGGCUGGUUGACUUCUCUACAACUUGUUCCGCCGUAGUUAUUGUUAAUUGACGGCCUCGCAGGAUCUUCGUGACUCCGUGGCUUAGAGUCCCCUUUUACUAUGGCGAGUGUUGAUGGAAGAUUUACUGAAGGGUGUCGUGUCGUCAUCGAUUCUAACGCAUCCGCUGUUGUAUUCUCCGCAGUCUUCGCUCCAGCGCAUAUUGGUGUUCGCGGGUAUCUUCAGAAUCCUGUCCUCGGUCAUGCGCUGCUGGUCAACAAUCUUUCUUACAACGGCGAGAGCUGACAGAAGAUUCUCCGCAGAAUGUCGUGUCGUCAUUCACUUUCAUUAUGUUUUCUCUUUGGCAGUUACGUCUCGCACAUCAACACUACACUGACCACCAACUUGGUCACGACGUCCAAGUACAGACGACUACCUAUGCCACGGCCGUUUAAUUGGCUUGUUUGCUCGCUCGCUCAAGACCCACUGCCUGGCUCUAACAGCCUUAUGACGCACGUCCAGAUACUUAAAUACCCUCAAUCCGCAAUGUAUCGUCGCUUUGAUUCCACCCUAAACAAUAACAGAGUUUUCCCCAUGAAUAGGAACAACUGCUUCGCCCUCUAUCUUGCUAUUCGCAUUCUCCCCCAAAUCACACCCUAAUAAACAUUCGUAAUUCCUACUUUAUCGCGUUCCAAAACUUAAGAUGAUCAGUUUUUAAAAUUUGAUUCACACAUCUUCGUUUGUAUAUUUUCUUUGAAUUUACGAAUUUUCUGACUCUUACUAGAUAAGAUAUAUUAUGAUAAUUUGCUGGCAUUGCUAACGUAUAGGAUUUGAUUAAUUAUUUUUGGGGCAAUGUUUAUGUGAUAACUGAAGACAUAAAUCACCAACUAGUCGCUUGCAGGUGACUCCUGUAAACAUUAUCUUAGAUAUGAAUAUAUAUUUCACUGAUAUAUAAUGAACUAUUGAGAUUAAUUUUUUAGUGUCUUGAAUCUAGUUUAGUGGGGUACGUGUUUAAAGCAUAAUUGACUGUAAAGUUCGUAAAUUAUAUUAGAUGUAUAAUCUAUAUUUCUGGACGCUUGCUUAAAGGCGUCCCUAGAUUAACAGCACCUAUUACUGCUCACAAAA